UGACGUCAUUGUAAUCAGCGGUCUCUGGGCAGUACCAGCAGUGUCGAAAGGAGCGAGCUACGAUGGUCCUCAUCAAAGAGUACCGUGUGGUUUUACCCUGUAGCAUUGAGGAGUAUCAAGUGGGGCAGCUGUUCUCAGUGGCUGAGGCCAGUAAAAAUGAGACGGGUGGUGGUGAGGGCAUUGAGGUACUCAAGAAUGAGCCCUAUGAAAAAGAUGGCGAGAAAGGACAAUACACACACAAAAUCUACCACCUAAAGAGUAAAGUCCCAGCAUUUGUCAAGAUGAUUGCCCCUGAAGGCUCCUUGGUUUUCCAUGAGAAAGCCUGGAAUGCUUACCCCUACUGCAAAACCAUUGUGGAGAAUGAGUAUAUGAAAGACAACUUCAUCAUUAAGAUUGAGACAUGGCACAAACCUGACCUUGGAACACAAGAAAAUGUUCACAAAUUAGACAGCUCCACAUGGCAGGAAGUCUCUGUUGUGCCCAUUGACAUUGCAGACAGAAGUCAAGUGUCCAAUGCUGACUACAAGCCAGAUGAAGACCCUGCCAAGUUCAAGUCAGUCAAGACCGGCAGAGGACCCCUUGGGCCCUCCUGGAAAAAGGAGCUGGUGGGUAAAACUGACUGCCCGAGGAUGUGUGCCUACAAACUGGUCACAGUCAAGUUCAAGUGGUGGGGCCUGCAGACUAAAGUGGAGAACUUCAUCCAUGAGCAAGAGAAAAGGAUCUUCAACAACUUCCAUCGCCAGCUCUUCUGCUGGAUCGAUAAGUGGGUGGACCUGACGAUGGAUGAUAUCCGGCAGAUGGAGGCGGAGACACAGAGGGAGCUGGACGAGAUGCGUAAGAAGGGCUCUGUGAGAGGUACAAAGGCUGCAGACCAGUAGCUGAGCCAGGUAUAGGUCUUGAGAGUUACUGUCUUCGCAAAAAGGGUGAAAUCCGAGGAACCAGUGCUGCAGACGCCUGAAAAGGCAGAUUUUAAACACCCACCAUGACAGCAGCGAUGGAGACUGCUAACUGGGUUCCUUUGGUGCCACUUUCUUUUACCUGAACUGAUUCAGGCUGUGGAGGAGGGGAGGGGGAGGGGGAGGGGAGGGUCUGCUACCUGCAAUCAAUAGAGCAGAUCCCUGACUUUCACCCAAUCAUAGACAUUCUAUACACUGAGGAAUUGAUUUUUAGAAACCGACACGAUCCUAGCUGAUAAGACCCUGGUUAAUUUUGAUCUCCUGGGCAGAGGAAGGCCAGCUAUCAGCAUGAUGUUAUUGACAACCAGCCGCCUUCUGGAGAGAUUUGAAGAGGACAUACUUACAAAGCAAGAUUUUUUUUUUUUUUAAUUCAUCGGCUUGAUUCCACAGUGGCAGGUGUUGGACCAAAUAUUUCCCCUUUUUUGAGUUUCCUUUUUUGUUCAUGUUCUCUCCAAAACAUUCCUCCUCAGAUGAUGCCCUGUCUGACCUUUUUUUGUCUCCAUCUUGGUUUUUAACUGUACACGCACAGCGGCUCAGUGGUUUGCAUUCCCUGGCAUGAGUCUGUCUGUCAUACUCAUGUUCCUUCCUGCCACAGCCUCCAUUAAGAGAUUACUAACACCCUCAGCGCCUCGGCCCAUUGUAAUCCUUCCCCAAAUCACCCAACCUCACUCUAAGCACUGCUUCUUAUUAACACUGACAAUCAUGUUCAUACAGGUAUUCACUCUCACUUUUACACAGUUUUUAUACAAUCCCUCCACAUACAUCACGCACAUACAGAUAAACAUGUGGAUUCGCCCUCAGUCUCACGGGUGUGGAUGCCUUUGCGGUGACUGAUCACUGAAAAGCUCAAAGCGGGCAGAUCCAUGCAAGCUCGCUCCGCUCAAGGAGGAAGUGUUUACACCCCCCUUCACCUCUCACACACACUCCCUAUUCUGAAGACGCUCACACAUAACAUACAACACAACACUCACCUCCCUAACAGCUGUCCCCAGAGCACAAACUGCACUGAAAAACAGCCACAGAUGGUGCUACACCCCUCCAGCCUCUGUCACAAACCAAACUGCAGCGUUCUCACCCUAACCCACCCAAGAGGCCCCGACUCACUCAUCUGGUUCACUGAGGUUUCCAAAAAGUCUUGCUUCGUUGUGGGUGUAUUUACAGAUUCCUAACAGCCCAGUGCACACCAGCACCACACAACGCUUGCCUUAAUCUUUGUACCUGUUGAAUCUUCGACUCUUACAGUACCUCUGCUGUCGCUCUAGCUACCUCCCUUGCUCCUGACUGACAGCUCCCCCCAGACAUUGAGAGGUUAGCACUACCUGUUACCUUCUUUUUGUUGGGAGUUAAUCAUGGCAGGCAGAGCGAAAUGGUUUGUGAUGACUCUUUAUGUUUCUUUGUUUGUCGAGCUGCGUGAUUGCCUUUAUUGUUUUGUGAUUGUGUCACAGCGCCAGAGCAAGUGCAAUUUCUUCAGCAAGCAAAGAUCUGUCACAGCCAGUACACUUGGCUGCAGAUUUACGUCUUUUUCUCUCACCAACAGUUUAAUGAAUAUAGCAUAUCAAUGACUUUUCAACUCCAUAGAGCACUUUCUGCCCCAAGCAUCAUGUCUACAGUGUUGAUCAUCACAAGUGUUACAUACAUUUAUAGAACAGGUGGUUUUCUCAUUUCAUCCUUCUUUGAAUUUUUGUGUUUUUUUGUGGCAUGUCAGGGUCUUAAAGGUUUGUUUUUAGAGAUCUAUUUUCCAUACUUUGACAUGUGUAAUGAAAUACUCCGGAUUCAAUGAUCUUAAUGUUUUUAUUUUCAGUAAACUGUAUGAGGAAAUAAGAUCACUUCCUCAUGAAUGAUUAUUGGCUUGCCCAAAGAGUGUGAAUGGAUUUCUGAUAUGUUUACAUGAAUUCAGCAUUCAUAGGCUGUGGGUUUAGGAAAAUUGGAGAGAUAUUGUCUGAUGCAAUGUUGUUCUUUAUGACAAAAUCUUCUCAGGUGACCAAAAUGACACAAGGAUGUUUUUGAUAUUGUUACUCAUCAGUUGCCUCAAAAAAUCAAAACUCUUUCACUGUGCCAUAUCCUCCUCCUGUGGCGGGUUUCAACUUGAGUGUAGGUGGUUCUAAUUUACCCUUUACUGUUCUGUCACAGCAUAUGCAACCAAUGGUUGUCUUUGUAACUACCUAGGAUUGUAUGUAUGCCUCAAAGAGCAAAAAGCGUGAAACAGUUGGUCUUCAGUGUAAUCGAUGUGUCCGAGUCUAUCGUAAUGAUCUCUGCUGUCUGCUGAAUAGAGCACCGAGUGCCUAAAGAGAACGGCCUGAAUCAAUGCUUCACAUCUGCCAACACAGAGCAACUGUACAGUCCGAUCCUAAUUUAUAAAAUCUAAAACUGUUUAAUUCCUGAACUUUUUGCUUUUAAUGUUCUGAUCAGCUUUUGAAAUUCAGGGGAUAUGGUAGUGAAUGUAUGUUUGUGCCUUUUCUCUCUGUAGAUCUGUUUGUGCCUUAAGUCUACGUAUUGUAUCUAAAUAUCAAAUAAAUUUUGUCUGGAAAAUGAA